AUGGUUUUGAAGCAUUGUAGUGCUCUACUUGCACCUCAACUUACUGUGCUUUUCAAUAAACUUCUGGAGCAGGGAAUCUUUCCUGAUAGCCUGAAGUCCAGUUACGUGGUUCCUAUCCACAAAUCAUCUACGCUGACUAAUGUUCGUAACUAUCGGCCCAUUGUUAUUCAGCCUGCCCUGGGCAAGAUUUUUGAGUCUCUCGUACUUGAUCGCAUUAGUUUUGCCUUCAGGAGUAUUCUUAUUCAUGAGCAGCACGGCUUCACACCUGUAGGUCUACAGUCACCAAUCUCGUUCUGUAUCAAGACUACAUUUUAUAUUCUUUUCAAAACCACAGUCAGUCAAGACAGUGUUUAUAUCGACUUCUCGAAGGCUUUUGACACGAACAAUCUUAAGUUGAACAUUGCUAAAUGCGCAGUCAUCACCUUUCACCGUUCCUCUGCUCCUAUACUGUUUGAUUACAUACUCAAUAACUCUGCUCUCAUUCGUAAAACUUCUAUUAGAGAUCUUGGAAUCGUAAUCUCCCACAGUCUUGGCCCUGAAUCCCACAUUGAUGCCAUCACCACUAAAGCCUCUCGUAAUCUGGGGAUUUCUGAUCAGAACUUCAAGAAGCGGACUGAGUGUUGCAGCUAUGAAGUUUAUCUUUACUGCUCUGGUGAGGUCAGUGCUUGA